CAAACGUCCGGCCCUUUACAAGGGAAGGGGGAGGGCCUCGUGGACUUUCGCGGCGUGCGAGGGAGAGACUAGAGAGGGAGAGAGAGAGAGAGAGAGAGAGAGAGAGAGGGAUGACGACAAUCCGGAGGUUUUGCUGUGACGAUCUCCUCCAUUUUGCGAAUGUCAACCUCGACCACCUAACUGAAACGUUCAAUAUGUCGUUCUAUAUGACGUACCUGGCACGGUGGCCCGAUUACUUUCAUGUUGCCGUUUCCCCUGCGGGCAAGAUAAUGGGUUACAUUAUGGGAAAGGUGGAAGGGCAAGGUGAAUCAUGGCAUGGUCAUGUCACUGCAGUGACAGUUGCUACAGAAUUCCGAAGGCAAAAGCUAGCAAAGAAACUCAUGAACAUGCUAGAAGACAUGAGUGACAAGAUAGAUAAAGCUUAUUUUGUAGACCUCUUUGUGAGAGCCUCCAACACUCCUGCAAUAAAGAUGUAUGAAAAGUUGGGCUAUGUCAUAUACAGGAGAGUGCUGAAGUACUACUCUGGAGAGGAGGAUGGUUUAGAUAUGCGGAAGGCCCUGUCAAGAGAUGUAGAAAAGAAGUCUAUGAUACCCCUGAAACGACCUGUGACUCCAGAUGAGCUGGAAUAUGACUAGUGCUUUUCUUUAAGAUAUUCCUGCAUUACCAGGCCCCUCAGCUUCAUGUGGCAUAAAGACAUGGUGUUAGCUGAAGAUGACAGUUACAUUUGUUAUGUUUGCAAGGCCUUUCUUGACCAGGUGAUGACGAAAUUUCAUAUGCUGACGAAGUUCUUUUGACCGAUUAUGUAUUGUUGUAAUCUAUCUAUUGUGAUGCAUCAUCCAUUUGGAUACAUUAUCGCUUUGCUGUUUUAGGCAUCAAUGGUCAUGAUUGAAAUCGAACUCAUGGAAAUUAACUACCCAAAUUUUCUUUAUUUA